AAAGCGGGCUGGGUGGCGGGGGGCGCCGAGUUUGACUAGUUUGGGGGCCGCUCGGCGCCUGGCGCCGCUCCCGCAGCCCGCCGCGCCCCGCGAGGCGCGUCCGGCCCGCAGCGGCGGGGACCCGCACGGGCGGCUGGGCGGCGCUCGGCCGAAGCUGGUCCCCCGCGGGCGGGCGUGCGGGCGGGCGGGCGGCCAUGGAGCCCCGCGGCAUGGAGUACUUCGGCGCCCAGGUGCUGCAGAAGGACGUCGGCGGCCGCCUGCGGGUCGGCCAGGAGCUGCUGCUCUAUCUGGGCGCCCCCGGCGCCAUCCCGGACCUGGAGGAGGACCUGGGCCGCCUGAGCAAGACGAUCGACGCGCUCACCGGCUGGGUGGGCUCGAGCAACUACCGGGUGUCAUUAAUGGGAUUGGAAAUUUUAAGUGCCUUUGUGGACAGAUUAUCAACACGAUUUAAGUCCUAUGUAGUAAUGGUUAUUGCAGCUUUAAUAGACAGAAUGGGAGAUGCCAAAGACAAGGUUCGAGAUGAAGCUCAGACUCUGAUGUUGAAGCUCAUGGACCAAGUAGCACCACCUAUGUACAUUUGGGAACAGUUGACCUCCGGUUUUAAGCACAAGAAUUUUCGAUCUCGAGAAGGCGUGUGUUUAUGUCUUAUUGAAACCUUAAAUGUUUUUGGGGCUCGGCCGCUAGUCCUCAGCAAGUUGGUACCACAUUUGUGUAUCCUAUUUGGAGAUUCCAACAGCCAGGUGAGAGAUGCUGCAGUGUUGGCUAUGGUGGAGAUCUACAGGCAUGUGGGGGAGAGAGUGAGGGCGGACCUGUGGAAGAGAGGAAUCCCCCCUGCGAGAUUAGAGAUGAUUUUUGCCAAAUUUGAUGAAGUGCAAAAUUCAGGCGGUAUGAUUUUGAGUGUCUGCAAAGAUAAAAGCUUUGAUGAUGAAGAAUCAGUGGAUGGAAAUAGGCCAUCAUCAGCUGCUUCAGCCUUCAAGGUUCCUGCACCUAAAACAUCCGGAAAUCCUGCCAACAGUGCAAGGAAGCCUGGUUCAGCAGGUGGCCCUAAGGUUGGAGCAGGUGCUUCUAAGGAAGGAGGUGCUGGAGCAGUUGAUGAAGAUGAUUUUAUAAAAGCUUUUACAGAUGUCCCUUCUGUUCAGAUCUAUUCUAGUCGAGAACUUGAAGAAACAUUAAAUAAAAUCAGGGAAAUAUUGUCAGAUGACAAACACGACUGGGAUCAGCGUGCCAAUGCACUUAAGAAGAUUCGAUCAUUGCUUGUUGCUGGAGCUGCACAAUAUGACUGUUUUUUCCAACAUUUACGCUUGUUGGACGGAGCACUGAAACUUUCAGCGAAGGAUCUUAGAUCCCAGGUGGUUAGAGAAGCUUGCAUUACUGUAGCACAUCUUUCAACAGUUUUGGGAAACAAGUUUGAUCAUGGCGCUGAAGCCAUUGUCCCUACGCUUUUUAAUCUCGUCCCCAAUAGCGCAAAAGUCAUGGCAACUUCUGGAUGUGCAGCUAUCAGAUUCAUCAUUCGGCAUACUCAUGUACCCAGACUUAUACCUUUAAUAACAAGCAAUUGCACAUCAAAAUCAGUUCCUGUAAGGAGGCGUUCGUUUGAAUUUUUAGAUUUAUUGCUACAAGAGUGGCAGACUCAUUCAUUGGAAAGACAUGCAGCUGUCCUGGUUGAAACUAUUAAGAAGGGAAUUCAUGAUGCUGACGCUGAAGCCAGAGUGGAGGCAAGAAAGACAUAUAUGGGUCUUAGAAACCACUUUCCUGGUGAAGCUGAGACAUUGUAUAAUUCACUUGAGCCAUCUUACCAGAAGAGUCUUCAGACCUACUUAAAGAGUUCUGGCAGUGUAGCAUCUCUUCCACAAUCAGACAGGUCUUCAUCUAGCUCACAGGAAAGUCUCAAUCGCCCCUUUUCUUCCAAAUGGUCUACAGCAAACCCAUCAGCUGUGGCUGGAAGAGUGUCAGCGGGCGGCAGCAAAGCCGGCUCCCUUCCCGGAAGCCUGCAGCGCUCCCGGAGCGACAUCGAUGUGAACGCUGCUGCGGGCGCCAAGGCGCAGCACGCUGCCGGGCAGGCCACGCCCGCCGGCCGCUUGGGUGCGGGUGCGCUGAACCCAGGCUCCUACGCCUCACUGGAGGAUACUUCUGACAAGAUGGAUGGAGCAACAUCUGAAGAUGGCCGGGUGAGAGCAAAGCUUUCGGCGCCGCUUGCGGGCAUGGGAAAUGCCAAGACAGAUUCUCGAGGGAGAAGCCGAACAAAGAUGGUGUCUCAGUCUCAGCCUGGCAGCCGGUCUGGGUCUCCGGGAAGAGUUCUGACCACGACAGCCCUCUCCACUGUGAGCUCUGGCGUUCAGAGAGUCUUGGUCAAUUCCGCCUCGGCGCCGAAGAGAAGCAAGAUACCACGGAGCCAGGGCUGUAGCAGAGAGGCGAGUCCCUCUAGGCUGUCCGUGGCCCGAAGCAGUCGCAUUCCUCGACCAAGUGUGAGUCAAGGGUGCAGCCGGGAAGCCAGUCGGGAGAGCAGCCGGGACACCAGUCCUGUUCGUUCUUUCCAGCCCCUCGCCUCCAGACACCAUUCCAGAUCUACUGGUGCCCUCUACGCCCCCGAUGUGUAUGGGGCCUCAGGUCCAGGGUAUGGGAUGAGCCAAUCGAGCCGACUGUCGUCUUCUGUCAGUGCCAUGCGGGUCCUGAACACAGGUUCUGAUGUGGAGGAGGCGGUGGCAGAUGCCUUGCUCUUAGGAGACAUACGGACUAAGAAAAAACCUGCCCGAAGAAGAUACGAAUCCUAUGGAAUGCAUUCAGAUGACGACGCCAACAGUGACGCGUCGAGUGCUUGUUCAGAACGCUCGUACAGCUCUCGAAAUGGCAGUAUUCCUACGUACAUGAGGCAGACGGAAGACGUGGCCGAAGUCCUCAACAGAUGUGCUAGUUCCAACUGGUCAGAAAGGAAAGAAGGCCUCCUGGGGCUACAAAACUUACUAAAAAAUCAGAGAACACUAAGCCGAGUUGAACUGAAAAGAUUAUGUGAAAUUUUCACAAGAAUGUUUGCUGAUCCUCACGGCAAGGUAUUCAGCAUGUUCUUGGAGACUCUAGUGGAUUUCAUACAAGUCCACAAAGAUGAUCUUCAGGAUUGGUUGUUUGUACUGCUGACUCAGCUGUUAAAAAAGAUGGGUGCUGAUUUGCUGGGGUCUGUUCAGGCAAAAGUCCAGAAAGCUCUUGACGUGACAAGAGAAUCUUUUCCAAAUGAUCUUCAGUUCAAUAUUCUAAUGAGAUUUACAGUUGAUCAGACCCAAACACCAAGCUUGAAGACAGUCAAGCCAGCUCUUCGGGACCAGCUUCACUCUUUUUGGAGUUCCAAGGUGAAGGUUGCUAUCCUUAAAUACAUAGAAACUCUGGCCAAGCAGAUGGAUCCAGGAGAUUUUAUAAAUUCCAGUGAAACUCGCCUGGCAGUGUCUCGGGUCAUCACUUGGACAACAGAACCGAAAAGUUCUGAUGUUCGGAAGGCAGCACAGUCCGUGCUGAUUUCCUUAUUUGAACUCAAUACCCCAGAGUUUACAAUGUUAUUAGGAGCUUUACCAAAAACUUUUCAGGAUGGUGCUACCAAGCUUCUUCAUAAUCACCUUCGAAACACUGGCAAUGGAACCCAGGGUUCCAUGGGGAGUCCUUUGACAAGACCGACACCACGUUCACCAGCCAACUGGUCCAGUCCUCUUACUUCUCCCACCAAUACAUCCCAGAAUACUUUAUCUCCAAGUGCAUUUGAUUAUGACACAGAAAAUAUGAACUCUGAAGAUAUUUAUAGCUCUCUCAGAGGGGUCACUGAAGCAAUUCAGAAUUUCAGCUUCCGCAGUCAGGAGGACAUGAACGAGCCAUUGAAAAGGGACUCCAAAAAGGAAGAUGGUGAUUCUAUGUGUGGCGGUCCCGGGAUGCCCGACCCCAGGGCAGGAGGGGAUGCUGCUGACUCAGGCCAAACAUCCCUUGACAAUAAAGCUUCAUUGCUGCAUUCGAUGCCUGCGCACUCCUCUCCACGCUCGCGGGACUAUAAUCCGUAUAACUAUUCCGACAGCAUCAGUCCCUUCAAUAAGUCUGCCCUCAAGGAAGCCAUGUUUGACGACGACGCCGACCAGUUUCCUGACGAUCUUUCCCUUGACCAUUCUGACCUGGUUGCGGAGUUGUUGAAGGAGUUGUCUAACCAUAAUGAACGUGUAGAGGAAAGAAAAAUCGCCCUCUAUGAACUCAUGAAACUGACACAGGAAGAGUGUUUCAGUGUUUGGGAUGAACACUUCAAAACAAUAUUACUUCUGUUGCUCGAAACUCUUGGGGAUAAAGAGCCUACGAUCAGGGCUUUGGCGUUAAAGGUUUUGAGAGAAAUCCUAAGGCAUCAACCAGCCCGAUUUAAAAACUAUGCAGAACUGACAGUCAUGAAAACAUUGGAAGCACACAAAGACCCUCAUAAGGAGGUGGUGAGGGCCGCUGAGGAAGCAGCGUCAGUGCUGGCCACUUCCAUCAGCCCGGAGCAGUGCGUCAAAGUGCUCUGUCCCAUCGUCCAGACCGCAGACUACCCCAUUAACCUGGCUGCGAUCAAAAUGCAAACAAAAGUGAUCGAGAGAGUGUCCAAGGAUACCCUUAACCUGCUCUUGCCAGAGAUUAUGCCGGGCUUAAUACAGGGUUACGACAAUUCAGAGAGCAGUGUUCGGAAAGCUUGUGUCUUCUGCCUGGUGGCUGUCCACGCGGUGAUUGGUGACGAACUAAAACCCCAUCUCAGUCAGCUCACUGGCAGUAAAAUGAAGCUACUGAAUCUUUACAUCAAACGCGCACAGACAGGCUCUGGGGGAGCUGAUCCCGCCACCGAUGUUUCUGGACAAAGUUAGUAAAGCCGACGAAGCGAGCCAGGCCUCUCCGAGAAAGGACAGACAGACCACCCCCCGUCAGUGAAAGGAAAUAUUCAAACACAUCUUUUGGAACUUCCCAUCUUUUCCCAGUUUUAGUUUUUUGUUUUGUUUUGUAUUUUCUGUAACAGAGGGCUCUCCUCGGUCUGCAUGUAACUUUUCUGGUAGUUAUUCCAAAUUCAAGAAGCAGCAGUAUUAACAUCGGUUGAUCAAUACAGAGUAAUUUUUAAUCGAAUUCAUCAUUUCACGCGUUUGUACUUCUCUGUCUUCCCAUUAACCUUUGCCAGUGUUACGAUUGUAUAAAUUUUUUUAAAUGCUGGUUAAAGAGGAAUGCUUAAAGCUUUAAAAGUUUAACAGUCUAAAAAAACAUGUUUUUUUGCCUCUAUUCAAAUGCAGAAUAAUAUUUUGAUUGCUACUUGGAGUUUUGUUCUGUAUCAUGUCCUGUGCUAGACAUACUGAAAUGACGUGAAACGAAGCGGGACGCAUUUGAACCCCGGCUGGGCUCUGUCAAUGUGCCGGUGACCGUGUCAUGACUUGCGACUUCUGUGAGGUGACCUGUAGCUGAAAAGCGAGGCCUCAGAGAGAGGGAGUGCUGCAGAACGGGGCAGUUCUGUGACCCCAGCGCCGCUGGGGGUGGCUGGUCUUGCCGUCUUUCUUCAAAACCAUGUCCCCCUACGACCCCGUAAGAAAGCUGCACCAAAUCAUCUGUCUGUUGUUUUCCUGACACUUAUUAAAACAGAAGGUUUUAUUGCAGGGUUUUUGGUUUGUUUCUCUUUGUUGUGAAUGAUGCUUUUUUCGUAUUUAUUAAUAUCAGAUUCACCUAUGAAUAAACUUGAUGGAAAGAGAAAAGCAAAUCCAGUGCAUGUGUGUCCUUGACCGUCUUCUGUUUCUCAUUUAGUAAACACACUUCUUACCGAGACGCGGGAGUCAACCAGCACCUUGUCUUUAAGCGGUGGCACCCGGCUUCCUUUUACCGUGAAAUUGUCUUACUUGAAAACAUUGAUCCUGAUGAGAGAGAAGACGGCGCAAGGCUAUGAUCUCUGUGUGAUGGACUCCAACUCUCUACCUCUUCAGGGCUGAUGCUUUUAACUGAGAUGCUGCCUACAGUGUCUCUCGGGAAACUACUGCAAGGGUGAUUUUCUGUUACGUUUUAACAAGGUUUUUAAAUCACCUUUUGCUACACCUGUUCUUUUCACGUGCAGCCGACUUUCAACAAUGACCAGUUUGGUGAAAGGCAGGUUAGAUCAUUUGGGACAGGACACUAAGGGUUCUCACCUUGGCUUUUUUCUUUUGUAAAUCCUAACGUAAAGUGAGUUUGACUGGAAAGGCAAACAGCUAUUAGGGAAGCGCUUUGCUGUUAUUACAGAGUUAUCUGUACUUUCUUCGUGUGACUGAAAACAUGUAGAAAUGUAUGUAAAGAAUUUAAGACCAGAGUACUGGAUGGAUGGUAUGUCCUAGGCUUUUCCCUCUGUUUCUGUUCUAGCAGCAGGAAAAUAGUUUCUCCAUAUCCCCACCCCUUUACCCGUAACAAUUUUGUUUUCUGCUGUUAAUUACAUUGUGUAUUUAUAGUCCUACGCUUACUGUCGUGCAUAUACUGGCAAUAAAACUGUACAUAACAUGACUUGAAAAAAUUAA